AAAGGAGACCGUUCACCACAGCAGCACCAGCAGUCAACAUGCAGUGGGCGGUGGUAGUAGCAGUGCUCCUGGUGGCUACUGUGUCUGCUGACACAGACGUAGCCCACAAGCAGCAGAGCAUUAACCGUCUCCUCUACAAGGUUACCAGCCACAUCCCAUCAACCUUCACCCAUCUUAAAGAAGCAGCUGAAACCUGGAACCCCAGAGAGCAUGCUGAUCACUGCAGCGAUGGUGGCACGGCCGUAAACCACCUGAUGGAUGAGCUGGAGCAUCACCGCUUGCUCGAGCAGCAUCACUGGUUCUCCCUCUUUAACGAGCGUCAGCGUGAGGAAGCUCUCAUGCUCGUCGAUGUAUUGCUGCACUGUACAGACUUUGAAGCCUUCGAGAGCAAUGCUGCUUACUUCCGUGAGCAUAUGAAUGAAGGAGAGUUUGUUUAUGCUCUCUAUGUAGCUGUGACCCAUUCUGACCUAACACAUGAUGUGGUGUUGCCACCUCUAUAUGAGGUCACCCCUCAUUUGUUUACAAAUUCUGAAGUUAUCGAUAAGGCUUAUGCCGCUAAGAUGACAAACACACCAGGCAACUUUAAGAUGGAAUUCACUGGCACCAAGAAGAACGCUGAGCAGCGUGUGGCUUACUUCGGUGAGGACAUCGGCCUCAACUCUCACCACGUUCACUGGCAUAUGGACUUCCCCUUCUGGUGGCACGGAGACAAGAUUGACCGCAAGGGAGAACUCUUCUUCUGGGCUCACCACCAGCUGACGGCGAGAUACGAUGCUGAGCGCCUUUCCAACUACCUGCCUCCUGUAGACCCAUUGUACUGGGACCACCCCAUCAGAGACGGGUUUGCUCCUCAUACUUCUUACAAAUAUGGAGGAGAGUUCCCAUUCCGUCCCGAUAACAAGGCGUUUGAGGAUGUAGAUGGUGUGGCCCAUAUUCGUGAUAUGAAGGAGAUAGAAAGCCGAAUCCGUGAUGCCAUUGCUCAUGGCUACAUCAUCAACGCCGAUGGCAGCCACACUGACAUCGACAACGACCAUGGCAUUGACGUCCUGGGUGAUAUCAUUGAGUCUUCCACUUACAGCACCAAUGUUGCAUAUUACGGCGCUCUACAUAACCAGGCUCACCGCAUCUUGGGAGCGCAGUCUGAUCCUCACCACAAGUUCAACAUGCCUCCAGGAGUGAUGGAGCACUUCGAGACUGCCACACGUGAUCCCGCAUUUUUCCGACUCCACAAGUACAUGGACAACAUCCUCAAGGAACACAAGGAUAAGUUACCUCCUUAUACUAGGGAAGAAUUACUCUACAGUAAUGUAGAGAUAACAGAUGUUGACGUCACUGAGCUCUCCACUUUCUUUGAGGAAUUUGAGUUUGACUUGAGCAACGCUCUUGACAGUACGGAGAAUGUCGAAGAAGUUUCUGUCAAGACCCAUGUAUCCCGCCUCAACCACAAGCCUUUCUCCUUCAACAUUCACGCCAAAGCCGAACACGACGACACAGUCACCGUUCGUAUCUAUCUAGCACCAAAGUAUGAUGAAAACCACAUUGCUCUUAACCUUGACGAGGGACGCUGGGGGGUCAUCUUGCUCGACACCUUCUGGACUGAAGUUCAUGAGGGAAAUAAUGUCAUCAAGCGAAAGUCUUCCGAAUCGUCAGUGGCCAUCCCUGAUCGCGUGUCCUUCUUACAACUGAUCCACGACGCUGAUGCGGCUGUGGCCGCCGGCACUGAACUGGAACACCAUGCAGAUCGUAGCUGUGGCCACCCCCAAAGGCUGCUGCUGCCUAAAGGCACUGAGGAAGGCAUGGACUUCUGGUUCAACGUUGUAAUUACCAGUGGAGAAGACGCUGCUCACGAUGACUUGACUGUCAACGAUCAUGGCAGCACCCACGGCUACUGCGGCGUCCACGGAGGGAAGUACCCUGACAAACGUCCAAUGGGCUUCCCCUUCGACCGUCGCAUCCCCGACAAGCGAGUCUGGGUUGUGCCUAACAACCAUGGCCAAAUUGUCCAGAUCUUCCACCAUUGAGUUUAUUACUGAUGGAGAUUAUCAAUGAAAUGUUAGCAAAUAUAUGAUUUGCAUUUGUCAAGACCAUGAAUGUUAAAUCUAGUUUCCAAAUUUAUCCAAUACCUGUUAGAAAAAAAAUGCAGGAAGUUGAAAAUAAAAAUAAAAAUGAUUACUUUUGGAAAUGUAUGCUCCAUUUUUUUUAUAAUAUGAGGCAGUUAAGCAGGACACGACACAUCUAUGAGAGCCAGAAAAAUAAAAUAUUAAAAUCUAAUCUGUAAUUGAAGAGUUCGUUAGAAAAAUAUUUUUGAGUGAAAUAAAUAAAAAUGAAUAAAUAAACUUAUUGAAUAAAAACGUAAUAAGAA